AUGUCUGAGAAGUCCCACCGCCUCUAUGUCAAGGGAAAGCACAUUUCCUACCAGCGAGGAAAGCGCAACACCAACCCUGGCACUUCGCUGCUGAAACUCGAGGGCGUCGAUGACUCGACCGCGGCGCAAUGGUACGCCGGUAAGCGCGUAGCUUACGUCUACCGUGCUCAGAAGGCCAUCCAGGGCUCCAAGAUCCGCGUCAUCUGGGGCAAGGUCACCAGGCCACACGGCAACAGCGGUGUCGUUCGCGCCAAGUUCAGGUCCAACCUUCCUCCCAAGACCUUCGGUGCUUCCGUCCGCGUCAUGCUUUACCCUUCUUCGAUAUAA